CGGCGCCCAGAGCGAGGCUGGGGUAGAGAGGCCGACUGAGCAGGAGUCGUCCGCUUGUCGUGGAGGCUGCUAGGGAGUCGGCGAGAGGGUGAGCGGGCGAGCAGACGAGCGAGCUAGAGCAGGCAGGAGGGAGCGACGCGCGGCGCACAGUAGCGCCGGGGCCAGGCCGCGGAGGAACCCACAACCGGAGAGGGGCAGCCCGAGCCGGGCGCCGCGGGGUCCCCACCCCCACUCGGCCGGACAGUGCCCGGUGUUCCCCCGUGCGGGGGGGCGGCGGCGGCGGCUGACGGGACCGGACAGGACCGCGGGGGUGUUGCCACCUCCCCCGAGGAGCCGGCGCGGCCGCGGGCUCCUCAGAGCCGGGGCCCGGGGCCCGUGAUAGACGGGCCGAGGAAAGGAGAGAGGCGGCGGCGCAGGCGACGGGGAGGCAGCGGCGACACCAUGUCAUCCCCCAGUCCGGGCAAGAGGCGGAUGGACACGGACGUGGUCAAGCUCAUUGAGAGUAAGCAUGAGGUUACGAUCCUGGGAGGACUCAAUGAAUUUGUAGUGAAGUUUUAUGGACCACAGGGAACACCAUAUGAAGGCGGAGUAUGGAAAGUUAGAGUGGAUCUUCCUGAUAAAUACCCUUUCAAAUCUCCAUCUAUAGGAUUCAUGAAUAAAAUUUUCCAUCCCAACAUUGAUGAAGCGUCAGGAACUGUGUGUCUAGAUGUAAUUAAUCAAACUUGGACAGCUCUCUAUGAUCUUACCAAUAUAUUUGAGUCCUUCCUGCCCCAGUUGUUGGCCUAUCCCAACCCCAUAGAUCCUCUGAACGGUGAUGCUGCAGCGAUGUACCUCCACCGACCAGAAGAAUACAAGCAGAAAAUUAAAGAGUACAUCCAGAAAUACGCAACAGAGGAGGCGCUGAAAGAGCAGGAGGAGGGCACCGGUGACAGCUCGUCGGAGAGUUCUAUGUCUGACUUUUCGGAAGAUGAGGCCCAGGAUAUGGAGUUGUAGUAGAAAAAGCACCUGCUUUUCAGAAAGACUAUUAUUUCCUAACCAUGAGAAGCAGACUAUAAUAUUCAUAUUUAAACAAAGCAAUUUUUUUUAUUACUAAACAAGGUUUUUAUGAAUAAUAGCAUUGAUAUAUAUAUAUUAUAUAUCACCCUUUAGAUCUUGAUUUCUUGGUCAUUUCUCAAUCUGAGGUGCAUAUUCCCACAUUCCAUUUUGGUAGCAAUAUGCGGUCUGAAUGCAUGCAUUCACAAGUCCACUCGGCCAGGUCAGCCUGUGUGCUGCCCAGCUGUCACAUAGCCACUCCGAUAGAUAGAUGUGAGUAAGGAUAACAGGAAAAGAGUUGCUUCUUUUAUUGAUGGUUCCAAAGAAACAAACCAAACCAUCCAGCUCUUGGACGUGAAGAUAGAAUAGUGCUUUUUCAAAAUGGACGGGAGGAACUGGGGGCGGACCAGGCCUGCUGUGGGAGCACGAGGAGCCGGCCGCAUCAGAGCCGGAGCCGCUCCUUCCUGGGACUCCCAGGUGGCCCCGUUUCUGUGGAGUAACAGUAGAAAACAGGGAGCUAAUUGGAGUAUUGAAACGUAAAACAAUUUCUGACUCUGGGUUUUAAGUACAUUUUUAUAUGUAGAUUCCUGCCCGACUCACUAGCAGGCCCUGCAGCCACAAGUGUUUUUGCUUUGGAGAACCUCUUGGAAGUGUUUUCUGAACCGGAUUCUUUUUCUUGGGGUAGCGCUUGUAAUCCAUAGCUUUCUGAGGGGACAGGACAGGAGGAGUAGAGUGACCAGGAAGGUGCUUUGUCUCAUCCAGCACCUACAGAGUCGCCUCCUUGUCCUCUAGGCCACUUUGAGACCGCUGCCCUGGACUGAGAGCUUUAAAUUUGAGGGUGGUUGUAGGUGUUUUUGUUUGGGUUGGAGCUUUUUUUUUUUUCUUCCCCUUCCUUUCCUCCCCCCAGCUCCCCUGCCUUUAUUUUUAAAAUGGUGUGUGUGUGAAUUGUGCUUAGGUUGCAAAUUUAAUCUUCACCUAUAAUCUUCACCUACCAAGAGAUGGCCUCCUCCUUGGACAGCCGCUCAGUGGACCAUUAGACUCGGCAAGAAGACCCGUCUGGUGGCUGUGACUCCCGGGUACUCUCCUCCCCUUCAUGUUUUUGGUUUUGUUUUCCCUUCUGCUGCCACUCUUGGCGGCAACCUGGUCAUCAUCUGCUUGUGGGAGUGGGAAAUGGGUAUUUUAGACCCAACACACAUUCUAAAUUGAAAAUGAGUAAUAAUUGGAACAAAUAAAGGUCCUUGUACCCAAAGUGACUCUACACGGGAAAAACAAACGGCGUUUCUUCAGAGUGUGACUGAGUAAGAGGAAAGCGUUCGGAAAUACGAUGCAGUAGAACAGGUUUUGAAGGAAGAACAUACUCUCUCCUGUAUGUGUUAAGAGGAAACCAGACCGUUUAAAAUGCCUGCUAAUCAAAUGUUUACUCAGCUCACCAUAUGUCCAGGUUGCCGGCAGAGUUUCUUUCGAAUCUGAGUGUUGCCUGCUGAGUUUGGAGAACCUUAGACAGCAAGUCUGUAUCCCUUGUUUGCCACAACCAAUAGGACAGUAGCAGAAUUAGCCAAUCCUAAAACCUUCUAAAGACCAUUUUUUAAUGUCCCACUGGGAUAAUUGAGUUUUUCUUUCUGGUGUGUGUUUUUAGUUUAGAAGUGCUAUCUGUGUUCCACAAGAUUGGAGUCAGUGAGGUUGGAAGAUACCCUAUCUUUUUUUAUUCAAAAAGCACAAUCAGUCUUUUCUUUGAAAAUCUAUAGAAAGUACAACUUGCUUUUAGCAUGAUUAUUUUCCUAAAAGACAGAGAAUUUUCUUAAUUUAUGUUAAUUACGGGCAUGAAGCAAAAGGUUUUCUUUAAAAAAAAA